CGCACAGAAGCAAAGGAUACCUGUAGGAACGUCAAGAUGGGAUCUUUUGAUUUUUCUGUCGUGGACUUCUCCAUACUGAACAUAGCAGAUGUUAGGGGAAGCGAAGUGCCUCUGUUACGGGAAUGUGAUCAGCUGACGGCAUUGGCUGAUGAAGUCAUGGCGGCUUUAAAGGAAUUUGGCAUUUGCUACCUAAAGAAUCAUGGUAUAUCCCCCGAAAAGACAAAGACACUCUUUGACCUUACCCGGGAAGUAUUCGCACUUCCGACGGAAGUGAAGAUGCGCAUGUCCCGACGACUGGAUGCUCUUUACCAUGGGUAUUGUACUAGAGAGAUAGAAAGGCCAAAAGACGUGACCUCUGUGGAAAGGUACGAGACUUUUAUGACGUGUCCUCGACAAGCCUUUGCCUGGCCGGACGAGGUGCCUGCUUUUAAACCGGCAUCCUUGGACGUGUUCUAUGAGUUCGAGGAGUUGUCUUUUCGUGUCUUUGAUGUUUUGGCAGUUGGCCUCGGCCUGCAGGAUCGUGGAUUUUUAAGACGAAGCCACAUGGAAGACAGUGGGGAUCUGAGAAAUUUUCUCUAUCACAGUUAUCCCGAUGAUUUCGUUCCAAAACCGCAACAAGUCCGACUCACAGAACAUUAUGACGUUGGAACUGUGUCAUUUGUUUACCAACGUGACGUUGGAGGACUAGAGAUUCAAACGAAAUCCGGAAAGUGGAUUGGCGUCCCAUGCAUCCCUGGCACAGUGCUUCUGUUAACUGGUAAACUCAUGGAAAGAUGGACGAGUGAUAGGCUCAAAGCUGUGUUCCAUCGGGUUGCUAUCCCAGAGGACCAGGCUUCAAGACGCAAAGAUAGACAGUCGCUAGCGUUUUUCCCGCUUACGGCCGAUGAUUUUGAGUUCCGUUGCUUGGAUGGGUCCAAUAAAUACGACCCCAUCACUCUGAGAGAUUACUGCGCAAAAAAUAUAUUGAAAGGAGAAUAUGUCGACGUCUAGCAUCACCUAAAUACACUGGGCUGAGCGACAUUCAGACUACAGGAUGUCGCCAUUUUCGUUAUACAUAAUGGACGUAACAAUUAGACAAUUACAGUUUUGCUUGUUUACAUAACCGGAUAAUGCUCGGAAAAACGGAAAUUAUUGUGAAAGUGAUUUUCAGUUUCUAACAAAAAACGAUCUUAAAAUUAAACUUCACUGCGAAAUCAUGUUUGUUUUGAAAAUGGCAAUAUCUUGUGUGUGUCUUUUUGUAACUUACUUUUGUUAUGCAUGUCUUGGACUCAUCUCGCCCUUCGAGAACACCAGAAUGACACCUCUACAAUAUUCUGGCAAAGGUUUAACCAGAGCGUGGCCUGCGACUUCAUUAAG